GCUUCCUUCGUGCUGCCUUCACUUACUUCCAGCUUGGAUACUGCGAGCAUCGACGACAUGACUCUCCAGCCAGUAGCCUUUAUCCUUCUCUUUCUUCACGCCUGGACCGUGUGGGCCAGGGUGGUCGGGACUGCGCCUGAGAGUGUCGAGGUGUACCUGGGCGACUCGGCCGAGAUCCCGUGCCAGUACAAUAUCACUGAAAUCAAUAGCGAGCCCAGCCGGAUCUUUAUCCAGUGGUUUGUGCGUUCCAGUCCUUACCCCUCUAUCCAGAAUGACCAAGAAAGCAGCAAGCGGAUCCGGAUCUUCUACGGCGAUGACCAGAACUCACACGUGGACAACAACACAGAGUACAGCAGCCGCAUCCAGGUGGCCUUUGACCAGCAGGGAACCCUACUCAGCAUCCAGGAGGUCCAGCUUUCAGACGAGAGGGAGUUCUUCUGCACGGUGAACGCUUUGGAGGCUGGCCAAUUGAAUACGAGGACUCAACUCAGGGUGUUUGCUCCACCAGAGGCUCCAAUAAUCAAGGGUGUCCAAACUGGAAUAUCAGUGACCAAUGAGAUGCCGUCAAAGGUUGCAACAUGUGAAGCCCGUAACGGCUUUCCCAAGCCCAACAUCACCUGGUACAGGAACAACAUGGCUCUAGUACCCACAGCAGGACGUGUCAACGUGUGGACUGACGAUACACUUGAGUCCAGUAAAUUGUACUCGAUGCUGAGCACGCUGGAAUACAAGGUGCAGAAGGAGGACAAGGAUGCUAAUUUCUCCUGCGAGGUCAGCUUCUUUGUGCCGGGGGCCAUCAGGACCAUAGAGUCCAGCAACGUCGGCGUCAGCGUCCACUACCCCACCACCAUGGUGGAGCUGUGGAGGGAGUCGCCUCAGGGAUUGGUCAAAGAGGGGGACACUGUGGAGCUGCGUUGCCACGGCGAUGGCAACCCCCCGCCGACCUUCAUUUUCAGCAGGGAGCAAGACCCUAAUGUGGACUUGGAAGCCCAGAGCAGCGUGUUGGUGCUGCAGGCGGUGUCGCGCAAAGACAGCGGCAUCUACCAGUGUCGCCCACUGGACAUCGACACUCGCCAACAGGUCAAAGGAGAGAUGCAGCUCAAAGUGCACUACCUGGACCCUGCUGUGCUGGUACCUGCAGAAUCAGAGGACUUGGUCAGAGGUGAAGAUUUGACCGCGACCUGCAACGCCUUGUCCUCCCUGAAAACAUCCACCAUCUGGCACAAGGAUGGUAAGAUGGUGGGUCGAGGAAACACACUACACCUGCAGGACGUCACCUAUGAAAUGGCAGGAGAGUACGUAUGCGACGUGACCGCACCCUCCCUACCCUCCCUGCACACCAGCGGCUCCGUUCACAUCGUCGUUAACGGCGGUCCUCAGCUGGUGGGCGAGGAGCAGGAGGUGCAGCUGGAGGAGACGGUGGGCAGAAUGGUGAACCUGAGCUGCGAGGCACGGGGCCACCCGGCCCCCAGCAUCACGUGGAUCUUCGUGGGAAGUCAGAGCUGGCAGGUGGUGGCGAGCAAAUCCAGUGAACACGUAACACGCAGCGUGGUGUCCGUCGCCGUCGCCUCGGACAUCAGUGCCCUGUGCAACGCCUCCAACGACUUGGGAGCGGACGUCAGAGCUUUCAGCAUCAAAGCCGUUCCACUGAUCACAUCAAGCAACCCCUUCUCUCCCGAAGGCAACGGCGUGAUCAUCGUUGUGAUCAUCUUGUGUCUGCUGCUGCUCGCCAUCCUGGGCAGCGUCCUCUACUUCCUGCACAAGAAGGGAAAGAUCCCCUGUGGACGCUCAGGGAAGCAGGACAUCUCCAAAGAGAAGACCGCCAAAGACGACAUCGUGGUGGAGAUGAAGAGCGAAGCAAAGAGCGAAGCGAAGAGCGAGGACGUCGUGCUCCUAAAGGCCGUCAACGGGGACAAAAAUGGUCCAAGCGAGCAAUGAAGAAGUGGAAGAUCAGCAGGACCAUUAUUGUCCACUCAGGAGACCAGCAGCUGAUCUGAGACCAGCAGACGCACACACACACGCACACACACACACACACACACACACACACACACACACACACACACACACACACACACACACACACACACACACAGACUUUUGAAUGAAUGUUUUGUUUUUGUUUUUGUAAAAGUUUCCCAGCCGUGGUCGUGGUGUUGACGUGGUGUUUGGUCCUCCAUGGAGAAGUGUACAUAUUUAUAUAUAUUUUGUUAUUUAAGAUAUUUUCUCACGCCCGUUUCACACUUCCUGCUCGGCGUGCUCGUUACGGGGUCCUGCAACAACUGCUCCCGGCCCGGUGGCACUGUUUGUAAAUACACAACACCUGCUGGCCGACUGUUGACGGGAGCUCAAAGGUUAGCGAUCUGCUGUGCCUUUUUUUUCUUCUUUCGCUUUUUUGGAUACGCGUUUAAACACUGAUUUUUUGGUGUCUGACAUUUUUCUUUGCUUUUUAUUUUCAUUUUCAUUUUAAUGGCACUUUUUAAGUUUGCCUGCUGGCGCCAGAACACAAUUAGGUUCUAAAGUUACAAUCGUGCAGGGACACUGGCGCCCCCUGCUGGCUCAGGCCUCUUGUUUGCGUUCCUUCCAAAAGACCAUUGUUGAUAUUUUCUGGUGUGUGUCAUGUAAGUACUGUACACGUGUGUUUGUUAGGCUUUUUACCACUUCUUUGCAGGAAACGCCAAAUAAAAAUGUCUUGUUUUUUUUCCAA